AUGUUUGAAGCGAGCGGCGAACCAAAAGUAAAAGGGAAUAUGGAGCCUGAUGUUGCUUCUGAUUACGUAUUUAUUUACCUCGUUAAAACAGCAGCCAGUUUGGAAAGCGUAAUCGCAAUGUCGUCGUCGACUCAGGUCGACUCCAAUAUUCCGAAGAGCAAUAUGCAUGCAUGGCCGCAGGAAAGAAUAGGUGAUAAUAAAAAUACUUGGGAACGUGCAAUUGAACGAUUCUUCCAAGAUGUGUAUGCUUGA